AGCCAUUGAGGAAAAGGGGGUCUCAUUCGGAUAUGGUGGAGUAGGAAACAUCGGGCGGCUUGGAAACCACCUGGUUUGGAAUAACCCGAUGGAAAUUGGAGGACAGAGGCCUUGCGACGUCCGAUUCGAGGAGGUUUUCAUGGAGCGUUGAAAUUAUUAUUAUGUGGUGGUUUGCCUUAAUGAUGUUUACAUCUCCGGCUUUCCCAUUCAUCGUGUUUGUGUGUAUGGGCUUAUCUGAGGUGGCUCAUUCUUACGAUGUGGUGCCGUUAUUGAGGAAAUCUCGUGAAGUGCAUCUCAACACGAGCGCUAACGGGUUUCCAGGGCACCGGCUAGGUAUUGUCGCAUUGACACCAGCGCCCACGAUCGCGUCCGCCGGAAAACCGAUAAAUGUCGCCGCACCAGCAGCAGAGAGGGCGCCCACCACCCCAUCUCUGUCUGAUCUCAUCUAUAUGGCCGCAUUUGAUGGGAGAAAGCUAAGCUCUGUUGAUAUGAGAGCAUCGUCUGAUAAUAAAGCAGGGAGAUCAGGCGUCGUUCCCGAUCUGAGCACAACCUCUGAAAAUUCCCAAGAGCUUGUGUGUAACUGCAGUGGUGAAGGCGUGUCGGACCCCGAUGAGUGCGAUCAUGAGACGGGUCAGUGUGACUGUAUGCCGGGUUACACCGGACUGCAGUGUGAGGACUGUGAAGAGGAUCACUUCACCAACGGCACCAUCGGAUGCCUGCCCUGCGGUUGUGACUCCUUUGGCGCCGUCAGCUCACACUGUGACAGCUCAGGUACGUGUGAUUGUAAGACAGGUGUGUAUGGGCCCAAGUGUGAUGACUGCCAUCCUGGAUUCUUCCACUUCAGCAGCACAGGAUGCCAACCGUGCCAAUGCAAUGACCAUUCAACCUACUGCCACCCGCAGUCAGGUGUGUGUUUGGAUUGCCAGGGAAACACUCAGGGCCACAACUGUGAGGAAUGUCUGUCCAAUUUUUACCGUCGCCAUGGCGAUGGUUUAACGGAUGCCUGUACGCCCUGUCCCUGCUCUUCCGACAGCUCCACCGGCAGCUGCCAUCUGGAUUCCAGCGGUCGCCCUGUAUGUGACAAAUGUAAGCCUGGCUUCUCUGGCCUGACAUGCGAUGUAUGCAUGGAUGGCUCUUUUAAAUCAGCAGGCGUAUGUGUGCCCUGUGACUGCAAUGGAAACUCGGACCCUCGAACCAACCCUCAGAUAUGUCAUCCAGAGUCUGGGCACUGCCAUCGCUGCAUCAACAACACAACGGGCACACACUGUGAGAUCUGUGCACCUGGCUACAUAGGGGAUGCCCGGUCCCACAAUUGCACCCAGAGAGCUGUGAGACUCCUUCCAACUCAAGACAUCAAAGCAGGCAUCCCGAAAUCCCGAAGUUCAGUUUCUUCAACACCUCCCCUGCACCUCCUUACGUCCUCCUUUACCACCACCACCCAACCCAGCCUACCGACCCUGCAGUCCGGCACUGGAGACUCCGCGGGACACAACAGCACGGCGUCUGCUCUGACCGUGGUGUCGUGGUCACAGUUUAACAUCAUCAUUCUCGCAGUCAUCAUCGUUGUCGUCGUUCUCCUCAUGGGCUUCGUCGGGGGCGUGUAUACGUAUCGAGAGUAUCGCAAUCGGAAACUGAACGCUCCGUUCUGGACCAUUGAGCUGAAGGAAGAUAACAUCAGCUUCAGCAGCUAUCACGACAGCAUUCCUCACGCCGACCCCAAUGGACUUCUAGAGGAGGAGCCUUGCGUGGUCGCGGCCAAUGGGCAGUUAGCUUUAGCCACUGCUGCCAACAUGUACAAAGCGUGAAAAAAUAAGAAGUGUCUAUCAUUAUUUACUCACCACCGGAUAUUGUUUAAAACCAGAACUUUAUUUCUUUAAUAAUAUAAUUUAGUAAGCAGCAAAGAUAUUUAGUUUAAAGGUGCAUUGUGUAACUUUUAGAAGGAUCUCUUGACAGAAAUGCAAUAUUAUAUACAUAACUAUAUUAUCAGUGGUGUAUAAAGACCUUGUGUAAUGAACUCUAUUGUUUUAUUACCUUAGAAUGAGCCGUUUUAUCUACAUACACCACAAGGGGUCCCCUUACAUGGAAGUCGCCGUCAUGUUUCUACAGUAGCCCUAAAUGGACAAACUGUCCUAUAUAGCGCAUCUUGUAACGAAAUUGCCGCAGACGAUGACAUGAUUGUCCUGUGGCGGCUACCGUAGCUUCACUAUGCGCUUUGAAAAGGGAAGGGUAAGCUGUGUACUGAGCCGUUGGUUGCAAUUCACAGGUUCACCGCUAGAUGCCGCUAAAUGUACCGCAUUGCACCUUUAAACUUGAGAAUUUUUUU